AUGGGCAUGAAUGACGUCGACGUCUCCGAGUACUUCAUCAUGUGGAGAAGAUUGACGGAAGCGAUGAAGGACUCCAACAAGAAGCGAACGGCUGUGCAGGAUGCGAUGACUCGCUUUAUUGAGGGUGAGCGGAAGGGGGUGAUGCAUUCGACCUUCAAGAGCUGGGCCACUUACGUGCAGAAGGAUGCAAAGCAGCAGGCGCAGCUUAGCAGGUUGGAGAAGCAGGUGGAGAGCCUGCUUCGGAAGCAGGAGCAGGCCAUGCAGAAGUAUGCCACCUUCCUGGCUGGCACCACGGGGCCCGCCCUCAAGGGCUUGGCCGGGCCCUGGGCGUGGGCGUCGGGUGAGAUUUGGACAUGGCAGGCGUAA